UCUCUAGAUGGCGAAUACCACGAUGAACACGAUACAAGCGGCCUCAUUGGGCUCGAAUUGUCGAAAAGCACGAAAUUGUGGCAGUUGCUGGGCAGGCACAAAAAUUGGACAGGAGCCAUGGAUCCUAGUCGAUUGCUGGAGUUGGACCAGUUGCUCGCUGGGGAGUGGAAAGGGAAAAGGAGGAAAGCCAAGGAAUAUAUAAAACCACCGAGAGGCACAGGCUCAUCGGGAGCCUCGAGCGCCCGCGGAACUAUAAUGCAAGCCAACCACUGGCUCUUGCGCGGAUUUCGUCAGCUUCUGUCAACGGCCAGUCAUAAGAGGGGCCCUUCUACGAUGAAUAAUCACAGGGCUGCGGAGUUGAUGUAUACCAUUGAGAAAAGAGCUGGUCAACUUCGACGGGGUGGAAGCAGGAGGAUAACAGUCCUAGCCCUCAAGCGCCGCCACUAUCGUAUUAUUGGUGUACGGAAUGGUCCAGCUCAAGUGUGUGAUUUGCUAGAUCAGGUGAAAGACGCAAUCUUACUGGAGCAUUAUAGACUAGCGGUCCAACGCCUCCGGACGACCCAAGAGAAGAAGGAAUCUCUCGCAAAGGCAGCUCGUCGAGAUAUAGCCACCUUAGUAGAAAGACAAAAGCUUGAAACGGCCAAGGUCAAAGUGGAAGCUAUUAUCCAUGACGACAUCCACGUAGAGCUUUUGGAAAUCUUGGAGCUCUACUGCGAGCUACUCAUUGCUCGAUUCGGUCUCUUGGACUCACCGGCCAAAGAACCAGAUCCAGGGGUCCAUGAAGCUGUCUGUGCGGUCAUACAUGCUGCUCCUCGGACUGAACUCAAAGGUAUGAGGCUCAUAUCUACAGCUCUCCUUCUUACAGUGUAUCUAUCAGAGCUUCAUGUUUUACGAGAGAUGCUCAUGCACAAGUUUGGGCGAGAAUUCUCAAUUGCUGUGAUGGAGAACAAAGAUGGAUGCGUGUCACCUCGGGUAAUGAGAAAGCUUACGGUGGAUACUCCUCCGAACUCAUUAGUCGAGGCAUAUUUGGAGGAGAUUGCGAAGGGGUACGGAGUCCCAUAUACACCUUCUGACCGUGGAGAUGACGAGGAUGAUGGAGGACUUAAGGCACCCGUAUUGGAAAGGAGACACUCAGACUUGAUCGCACCCGCUUUAACGGAUCCAGUAGGCGCAACAUCGGAACGUGUAGCUGCCAAACUGCCCAAUAUUCCCCCUACAGAAGGAACCGCGACUCCGGAUGUUGCAAAACCGGCGGCACCAGCUGCGGCUAAUAAGGCCGCACAGGAAGAGGAUGAAUUCGAGUCUUUGAAGAAGCGCUUGGACGCAUUGAAGCUGCUGGCUAGUCCCUUCUCGUCAAAGUUUCUAAAGUCGUAUGAGGCUACUGUCAUGCCACGCUGCGUGUUACAGCUUACGCCGCAGAUGUCAGGGUGGCUGAAUAAGCUGACGACCAAGGAUGGCAAACUUGCGGCUAGUCCCAAUGGCAAACCAACAAGGUCGGGAUCACGUAGCGUUACGCCUUCUCCAAGUCUACCCAAGAUAACACUUCCUCCAACGGAAGUUGCGACCCCUAAAGUUGUUCUCACACAAGAUGAUGAUUCUGUUUCGCCAAUGACUGUUUCACCAACAAGUGUCCAUCGAAUCAAUUCAAUGUCAGCCUCUCAAGACAGUUUGGGUCGCUAUUCAGCCAACGAAGGUCAUCGGAGAUAUGCCACUGUAGCUAACGAUAACAUUCCAGUGAGGCAACGACAUCAAUCUGAAAUACCCCCCGCCUCGGCAGCUAAGACUGGUCGUUCGAGGUCCAAUUCGGCAGUCGAUGCGACGAAUAACGCGACGAACAACGCAACAAACAACGCGACAAUUCCCAUGACCGAGUCUCCUACACAGUCAGUUGGAUCGAGGCGCAGUGGCUCAAUCGCUUCCGGGGAAUCCACCCAAUUUCAGUCCUUGGCACAACUCGUCGACUCCCCACCCCAAAUUGGACAACGUGUCAGUCUUCCAGCAGCAACUAACGGUGCCUUAUCGGAUAAAGAGAGAGACGGGGCGGGGUCUCCGGGCAAGAAGCGUCGCGCCAGUCGUCAACAUGCCUCUUCGGUUGGGGCUGCAUCUGCUGGCAGUCGCGGAAAGCCUGCUACCAGACAUCAAACAACAAUGGGCAUGGGUCUAGCUAGUGCGCUGGUGGCUUCUGGAAUGGGCAUUGCCCCACCACCCAAUAUGCUGUCUUCACCCACUGGAUCACUCUCUCCUCCGGCUCUGACGAAGAAGCCAUCCAACCUAUCCGCAGUUAAUGUUUCUGCAAACGAUCCUUCGUCUCCAGAGAGAACAAGGAUUGUCCGUCCACGAGUUCGUUCGGCUUCUUCCAACUCAAAGCCCAAUUACGAUUCUGCGGAGGACUCGGAAGACUAUGAUUCAGGAGAUGCUCUGAGUUUCAAUGACGAUGAGAUUCCUAUUACUGGCUUUGCGGUCGCUACUAUGAAGCGAAAUCAAGACUUUCAUGAAAUGUUCCCUCAGGUUCCCCCGGAUGAUUAUUUAAUUGAUGAUUAUGGCUGCGCUCUACAACGUGACAUACUUAUACAAGGACGGCUCUAUGUCUCGGAAAAUCACUUAUGCUUUCACGCCAACAUAUUUGGCUGGGUUACGGACGUAAUCAUUCCCGUUGGUAAUAUUACAGCUGUGGAAAAGAAAAUGACCGCUUUCGUCAUCCCUAACGCUAUUGGCAUCACCGAACAUGGUACCACCAAACAUACCUUUGCCAGCUUUUUGGCUCGAGAUAAUGUAUAUGAUGUCGUCUACAGUGUCUGGAGGAACGGAGCUCCAUCUAGAUCUGCCGCGACAUCGCCAGGAUCAGAUACUACACCAGGUGUAAAUGGCCGUGAUGGCGUCUUCUCGCAGGCCGAGCCAGGAAGUGCUCGUACAAGGAAAGCUACUCAAUGUGCUUGCUCAAAAGCAGGUGCCCAUUACCCCAAUGUCGCCAUGGACAGCAUCGUUCCAGGAACUCCAGAGCAAAUCUACAACUUGAUGUUUGCCAGUGGUUUCAUCAAAGACUUCCUCUCCCAGGACCAAAAGUUGAUAGAUAUCCAAACUUCUGACUGGCAGCCUUCUCCCGAAAAUCAGCACCUACUAUCGAGAAACAUGUCAUACAUUAAGCCGCUUUCGGGUGGAUUUGGACCCAAGCAGACGAAAUGCGAGUUGAGGGAGGAAAACCAACACAUCGACUUCAAUGACUAUGCCAGCACUAUCACAACCACAAGAACCCCUGAUGUCCCUAGUGGAGGCGUCUUUUCCGUCAAGACAAGAACCUGCAUCAUGUGGGCGGGUGCUAUGUCAUCAAAGGUUGUUGUCACGUUUACAGUCGAAUGGACAGGAAGGAGUUUUAUCAAAGAGUUAGAAGCGGCCAUGCGGAAAUACAUUUCCGAGCAUCGAACAGAGUUCGUGCCAGAAGGCAUGGAUGCCACGGCUACAGACCAAGAAGCCGAAGGAGAGGGAAUGCUCAGUCCUACGACCCCCAAAGAACACUCUACCUUACAACCCACGGGUCCUAAGCCAGUGGCCACGUCACGAGGUCUCCAGUGGGCCCUUGAUACAUUUGAGGCUGCUUCAAAAGUUGCGACCGAUUCGUUAUCCGGUCUCUUUGACAUCAUUUCCGACCUUGUCGGUGGUCUUUCGUUCACCAAAACGACAGUUCUCGGCUUCAUCAUCGUUAUUUUGGUUGUCAGCAAUAUCUAUACCAUCACAACCUCCGGCCAGAGGCGUGAAACUAGAAGGCAGCACGCAGCAGAAAGAAAGGAAAAUGAGCGAGAGAGAUGGGUUGGAGAUGCGGUGAGGGCCUUUAUGGAGGUCCAGCAAAGUCUCUAUGGAAUUCCAACUGCAAUUAUCCCCACCACCCCGGCACCAACAAGUUCAGCGCCGAAUCAGGCUUCUGCGUCUUCAGUUGAUCUCAAGGUCGAGUUGCAGGAACUUCGUGAGUUAGUGGGAGCGCUGGAAGAGCGUCUCAACAGAGUCAAGUCUCGUUUGGAACAAUUAGACUAG